AGCGCCGGCAAUCGAUUCCACACCGCAGUCCGGCUAGGCGUUCGACCAUGGCAGACAAGAGUAAAGUUACCGAGCAAUAUUACGCUCCACCACCUGAUCUAGGAAAAUGGGACUCCUUCAGGAUGUUCGUAUGGAACUCCGAGACAGGACAAUUCCUGGGCCGCACGGGAUCCAGCUGGGCAAAAAUCUUGUUAUUCUACCUUAUUUUCUACGCUGUCCUCGCGGGUUUCUUCGCUGCCAUGCUGACCAUCUUCUACCAAACUCUUGAUAGUAAGAUGCCAAAAUGGCAAAUGGAUAGCUCUCUCAUCGGCAGCAAUCCAGGUCUCGGAUUCCGGCCGAUGCCCGACUCUGUGGUGUCCGUCGAGAGUACUCUGAUAUACUACAAGGCCAAUGACAAGGGCUCUGUGCUUAAAUGGGCUUCUAUAAUCGAUGAGUUCCUUAAAGAUUACCGUAAGAAGGGCAGUGGCAGCGGGGAGGCCAACGGCGCUGAGAACAGGGUACCGUGCACCCCGACCUCGCACAACCUGGGGGAGAACCAGGUGUGCGACGUAUCCCUCGAUGACUUUAGCCCCUGCACCGCUUCGAGGCAGUACAACUAUGAGCAGGGUGGACCGUGCGUGUUCCUCAAGCUGAAUAAGAUCUUCAACUGGACCCCUCAACCGUAUAAUGACACCGAGAGCCUCCCAGACACUAUGCCGGAGUUCCUGAAACAGUACAUCAAAUCAGUCUCCGGCAAACCGGAAGCCAACAUGGUGUGGGUGUCCUGCGAGGGUGAGAAUCCAGCUGACGUAGAGAACAUAGGCCCCGUGCAGUAUCUCCCCCGCCGCGGCUUCCCCGCCUUCUACUACCCCUUCACCAACAAGGAAGGUUACCUCAGCCCCCUCGUGGCCGUACUCUUCGAGAGGCCCAGAACGGGAGUGCUCAUCAACAUCGAGUGUAAGGCGUGGGCGAAGAACAUCUUAUACGACCGAUACGAGCGGCGGGGCUCGGUGCACUUCGAGCUCAUGGUGGACCGCUCCUAAGCCACUGCGGUCACCGAUAACUUGGCGGCCACUAUUCACUCGUGCUGCUUGGCCACUAAACGCUUAACUUACCGAAUGACAUAGGGCCACGUCUGGACCUCCCACUGCCAACUGUACUAGCGGCGUAGACGCCGAGUCGGUCGUGGUUCACCGCCAAGUUGUCAGCCAGUCCGCCUUCGGUCGCCAGGUUCAACCCCAUCUAGGCUGCCAAGGUCUCAUCCAUCACGCCAGGCGCCGGCUGCCAGGAGCGCCACUUAGCAAUAGCCACAUAGUCGGCGGUUUAUUUAUAUUCGUUUUAGAAUAGCCCACGGGCGCCAUCAAGUUUUUCGGUUACACGCUUAACAAAUAACUUAAAUUUUAAAUUAUUGAAAUAUUUAUUAUUGUAAUGUUUUCUGGACGAAGAGUCAAUAAAUACGCAAUAGUUUGUUCCAAUUUAGCUUU